AUGUUUCACACCAAGUCUCACCUCUUCUCCGCGAACAAGAGCCAGGGCGCCUCGGUCAUUGACGAGAUCAAGGCAAGGCGGGCCAAGGCGGGGAAGCUUGUGGCUGGAGUUGCUGCCGCGUCUGACAGCGAUAUGUUUAAGGGAUCGACUGCUGGCAAGCUCAAUGCCAAACGCUGGGACAACCACUUGAGCUACGAAAGUAGAGUACGAGGGCCGUGUACUCUAAAACAAGCUGCGAAACAUAUGAAAAACCCCGGACUCAUCUCUCUCGGAGGUGGCCUCCCCUCAAGCGAAGUGUUCCCCUUUGCUGAACUCGAGUUCAAGGUGCCUGUGUCUCCCAACUUCUCUGAGAAGGAAACGGCAGAGUCUGGCCAAGUUGUCAAGGUGGGGAAGUACGAUGUCCGUGACCGCGACGGCACUUAUGACUUGUCCAUCGCUCUCAAUUAUGGUCAAGCCACUGGAUCUCCCCAGAUGAUGCGGUACCUGACUGAGCAUACUGAGAUUGUCUACAAGCCUCCGUAUGCGGACUGGCAGAUCUGCCAGACCAUUGGUAGCACCGGUGCCCUUGAGGAGGCGCUACGGAUGUUUUGUGACAAGGACCGUGGUGACUCCGUCCUGACCGAGGCAUUUAGUUUCUCGACUGCCUUGGAGACGAUCACCCCAUUGGGAGUUAAGACCUUCGGAGUCGAGAUUGACGAACAAGGCCUCAUUCCCGAGGCAAUGGAUGAGCUCUUGACCAGCUGGGACGCGGAGGCUCGCGGCGCCCGAAAGCCCCAUCUCCUAUAUACCGUGCCCUCUGGACAGAACCCCACGGGAGCAACGCAGGGAAUUGAGCGACGGCGGGCACUCUAUCGUAUCGCCCAAAAGCACGACCUAUACAUUAUCGAGGAUGAGCCCUACUACUUUAUUCAAAUGCAGCCCUAUACCGGCCGCAACCAGCCAGAUGCGCCAGCGCCCGAGACGGUUGACGACUUCGUCUCAUCGCUCAUUCCUUCAUAUCUGAGCAUGGAUGUUGACGGACGUGUCAUGCGCAUGGACUCAUUCUCCAAGGUUCUUGUACCGGGCUCUCGUCUUGGAUGGAUCACUGCAUCGGCGCAGAUCAUUGAGCGCUACGUCCGCCAUGCCGAGGUGGCCAGCCAAGGACCCAGCGGUUUCUCACAACUUAUCCUGUAUAAGCUACUCGACGAGACCUGGGGCCACGAAGGUUACUUGCGCUGGCUCAUGAACUUGCGUCUCGAGUAUACCAAAAAGCGUGAUGCUCUGUUGGCCGCCUGUGAGGAUCACCUCCCUCGCGACCUUGUGACCUGGGAGCCCCCUGCAGCGGGCAUGUUUAUGUGGCUUCAAGUUGACUACACCAAGCACCCACAGGCCGCGGAACGUAGUAUUGUGGAUAUUGAGCAAGAGAUCUUCGACUCGUGCAUCACUGGCGGUGUGUUAGUUGCAAGAGGCUCGUGGUUCCUCACAGAAAAGGACAAGGCACCCCCGGGAUUGUUCUUCCGUGCCACAUACGCCUCCGCGACUCCCGAGAACAUGAAUGAAGCCAUCAAGAGAUUCGGCAAGGCAGUGAAGGAUAGCUUUGGCAGGCAAUAA